AUGGGAAGAGCUCCCUGUUGCGACAAAGCUAGUGUGAGAGGACCAUGGUCUCCUGAAGAAGAUGCCACCCUCAAGAACUACCUCCAGAAGCAUGGCACCGGUGGCAAUUGGAUCGCUCUCCCCAAAAAAGCUGGUCUUAAGCGUUGCGGGAAGAGCUGUCGUCUGAGAUGGCUCAAUUAUCUUAGGCCUCAUAUAAGGCUUGGAGGGUUUACUGACGACGAAGACAAAAUUAUCUGCACUCUCUAUGCUACCCUUGGUUCUUUUGUCAUUAGGUGGUCUCUUAUAGCUGCUCAGUUGCCUGGAAGAACGGACAACGAUGUGAAAAACCACUGGAACACAAAGUUGAAGAAGAAGUUGGUUGGCAGAAAAGAACGAUCAUCCCAAGUGGGUUGGCUUUAA